AUGGAGUGUGUUGUUCAAGGAAUUAUUGAGACUCAACAUGUCGAAGCCCUUGAAAUUCUGCUUCAAGGGCUUUGUGGUGUGCGUAAACAAGGCUUAAGGAUCCAUGAAUUGUGCCUCAAAAGUGUUCCAAACUUAGGGUCAGUAGAAUCAGAAAUACGGCUUGUAUGUGAUCUUGAGAAGCCAGAAGACACAUGGACUGUUAGGCAUGUUGGUGGUCCGAUGAGAGGUUCUGGCGCUGAAAAAAUCUCAUUCUUGGUGAGACCAGUGCAAGAAAGGAAAAUAACCAAGAAUGCACUAAUCUUCUUUAAAAAUAUUGGCUACAAGCUAGACCACGAGCAUCUGAGAGUCGGUUUUGCAUUUCAUUUCCAAAGAGAUGCCCUGAUAACUGUAACAGUUUCAUCCAUCAAUAAGAUGUUGAAACUUCAUGCUAUCGAUGAUGCAGUGCCCGUUACUCCGGGCAUUCAUCUAGUUGAAGUGACUGCACCAACUUCAUCUACAAAUUAUAAUGAAGUUGUCGCGUCUGUAUCGUCCUUCUGUGAAUAUCUUGCACCGCUCCUUCAUUUGUCAAAACCUGGUGUCUCAACAGGGGUUGUUCCUACCGCUGCUGCAGCUGCUGCAUCUCUCAUGUCGGAUGGUAGAGGCACCAAGUAA